AUGGUGCUGGUCUGCGGUGCUGCGGCCCAGUGUGACACCUCUGCCCGCUGCAAGGUCAGGAGGGUGUGGAGGAGAAGACAGUGUUGCCAGCUUGCUUGCCUGGGCAUGGAUGGCUGGUCGUGGCUGCACUCCGACCCCAGGGAGACUGGACCGACACACCGCGCCUCUGAGUGUGAGCGCGGGGAGGCCGGGGGCGUGGCCAGCCCCCAGAGGGGCGUGGCCGCGGGCAGGCUCGCCGCUGGUUGGCCGGGCCUCCCCCCGCCCCGCUCAGCGGCCAGACACAAGUCUGCGCACCUCAGUUGGCGCGGAUUGCUGGAGUGUGCGGGCCUCAGCGGCAACUCUGGAGGCUGCGUGCAGGGUGAUGGGCGGAGACCUCGUCCUGGCAGCGAUGUGACAAUGCGCCCAGACAACCUGCUGUGUCUGCUGGGACUGAGCUGUCUGCUGGGCUCUCUGCUCCCGGCAGAGUCCAUCCGCUGGCUCGCGCUGCGCGGCGCCUCGUGGCAGUGGAACAGCAGCGCCAGCGCAUCCUGUCGGCGCGCGCGGCAAACACUGGGCCUGGCCAGGCGACAGGCGCGCCUCUGCCGGCUCACGGUGGAAGUGAUGCCGCACGUGGCGCGCGCCGCGGCGCAGACCGUCAACUCGUGCGAGGCGCUGUUCGCCGACCGCCGCUGGAACUGCUCCUCCGUGGAGCGCGCGCCGCACUUCCAGCCCGACCUCACACACGGGUGUGCAGUGUGCUGUGUGCUGCAGACACGGGUGUGCAGUGUGCUGUGUGCUGCAGGCACGCGGGAGCAGGCGCUGGUGUACGCGCUUAGCUCAGCGGCGGUGGCGCACACCCUGGCGCGCGCAUGCGCAGCGGGCUCGCUGUUCCACUGUUCCUGCGCGCCCCCGCCACGUGACCCGCCCAACGGCAACUUCAAGUGGGGCGGCUGCGGCGACAACGUGCGGUGGGCCGCGCACUUCGGCAAGCAGUUCACCGACUCGGCGGAGCGCGCCACCUCCAGGGCCUCCAGGGCCUCCAGUGCUUCCAAGGCCAGGAAGCCCGGGGGCGGCGGGGGCGGCGCCAGGCGGGGGCGGCUCGCCGCGGUCAACCUGCACAACAACCGCGCCGGCCGGCGGGCGGUCGAGUCCAGCCUGGCGACGCAGUGCAAGUGCCAUGGCGUGUCGGGCUCGUGCAGCAUCAAGACCUGCUGGAAGGCGCUGCCGAGGCUGCUGGACAUAGGCCGCCGUCUCAAGACCAAAUUCGCCGUGGCCACUGAGGUGGUGCAGCGGCGCGUGGGCAGUGGUCGUCGCCUGCUGCCCGCCAGCCCCGCCAUGCCGCUCUUCAGCGAGGACGACCUCAUCUACGUGGCCAAGAGCCCGGACUACUGCCUCGAGGACCCUCGCGUCGGCAGCCAGGGCACCCGGGGCAGGGUGUGCAACGCCAGCUCGCCGGGCUACGACAGCUGCGGGGACAUGUGCUGUGGCCGGGGCCACAGGAGCGUCAGCGUGGAGCGCGUGGAGCGCUGCCAGUGCAAGUACUACUGGUGCUGCUACGUCAAGUGCAAGACGUGUCGCCGCUGGGUGGAGGUGCACGAGUGCAACUAGCAGCUGCUGCAGCCGCUGCAGCCUCUGCAGCUGGCGCGAGGCCAACCGAGCACUCUUCUGGCCCUGCUCUCUGGCGCUCUACGUAGCGUUCCACAUCCAGCUCCACCACGACGUGUGAUCUCGACUGCUCCCAAGGCCUUGCAAGUGAAGCUGAACCACUCGUUCAUUGCGAAUAACAGGGGAAGUAUUUCAGCUGCAACAUUAAGCUACCAGAUAUAUAUGAUAUAAAGUUUAUUCAGGCAACUCCUGGUUGAUACGCUACACAAACAACUCCCACAUCUCGGGGAAGUGAUGCUAUGUGAAGUAGCCUGCCUGCAUGUGUAGGUAUUUCAAAGAAGAUAUUUAAUAAGCAAUUAAAGUUAGCUUUGAAACGUGAAUUAGUAAACAGUCUUUAAAAAUUACAUUAUAAUUCAACAUCACAUCACUCUCCUGACAUGUUGAAAUGAAAUUUAUUCGCAACAGUGACAAUAUUUUGAUCAACCAAACAUCAGUCAGCCACUUGGUGUUCCGGCUUGAAUACUUUCUGUUAUUUGCUGUGAACCAGUUUUUGAAAUCUAAUUUGGAAGCACUUUAGAGUAUGUUUUCAACUUAAGUUCUUGUAAUGAACAUGCGGCCGAAGAUUGCGGGUCGAAUUCUCUCUCAUCCUAGAUAGAAUUCUACCCAGAAGCAGAACUACAACUCGCAGUUUUUUUUUGUCGAUUCUUCGAGAAAUUUUGCCAGCUACAGGUAGUGUUUUCCUGACCAGAUGAACUUUCAUAUCGCUACUGAGCUGCAUGCAUUUUAACAUCGUUAAAUACUAACAACUUAGUUGUUAUAAACCGAUGUCUUGACAUUGUAAACUAUUUUUUACAGUGCAUGAGUUUAGGGUUAUUUACCAUUUAAGAAAUACAAAUGCACGCAAGGAGAAUAUUUCUUUUUUGAAUGAUUUCAAAGAGUGCUCAGUUAACCACAGACUAAUUAUAUUCGAACUUCAACAGGACUUUACUCGUGCGAAGAGGGUGGAGAAUCAGCAGUUCAGACCACUCUAGUCGGAUAACCUCUGUGUGAGUAUUGGUGGACAAACACGAGUGUGACAGUCAUAGCACGUCACAAGCUGCUUGAACUCCCAAGACUGUGUGAGACGUGGAAGUAAUAACUCGUAACACUCAAACAAGUAGAGACAGAAAACCUCUAACCAAAAAGUUUUGGUAACUGUAAAAAAGUUUAUAGUAAUUUAUUUUCUCGUAGCCUAUGCCUUAGAAUAAGCUAUAUAAUCUCUAAUAUUUGCAGGCUUGAUAGUUUAAUGAUAUGGCUGUAAAAUUUUGCAAGUUCCUGAAACUGUAAC